UUCCCAUCUCCUUCUUUCUACCAUUCUCUUCGAAACCACCUCCUCCCCAACCCCCCAAUUCUUCUUCUCUCCCUUUUCGUCACCCUACUAUCUUCUCCUUUUCCGCAAAUGCGAUCGCCGCGAGGGCAGUAGAGCUGGAGACAGAAUUGGCGAGGCUCCAACAUGACUCCAUAUCGGAUAUAAGAGCCGCCGAGGAGAUGAUGGUUGAGGCUGCUGAGCUCAGGAAGAUGCUACUGGAGAUGGAAUCCAAGGUGGAAUUGCUGGAGCGAGAAGUUGAAUUCCUAAAGAAGGACAAAUCUGAGAAUGAAGAGAAAAUUAGAGUUUUGGAGAAGAAAAUUGGGGCUCUAGAGAGAAAAGAUGUUGAUGAGAGGAACAAGUGGACUAGGAUUGAAAAGGAGUUGAGGGAGAAGAUUCAAGAGAAGGAAAAUGAGGGUUUGGAAUUAGGGCAGAAGACUAAGGAAGUGGAGAGUUUUGCAAAUUCGAAGAGUUCGGAUAUGGAGGAGUGAGUUAAGAAGAAACUGAGCUUGCGGGAGGCACUGAAAAAGUCUGAAGAGAGAGAAAAGAGCUUGGAAUUGUUUGUUGCUCAGUUGAAGGAAGAAGCAGGGGUGGCUGAGAAUGUGAUCAGAGGACUAAACCAGAAGGUUGAUACUGUGAAUGGUGGUGUGAAUGGAAAUGGGGUUAUUGCUAGGGAUGGGAAAAGGGUGUAGGGUUUGGAUGUUCAGUGGCCUGUGGUGGCAACUGGU